AUGGCUGUUUACUUGUUAAUAAUGUCUAGGACUUUGAACACAGUUAUGGGCUUACUGCUGAUUCCUGGACCAGAUAACAAGAAGAAGCUAAUUUGGUGGUUACUAGGAUCUAUGGCUGGAACUAUAUCCGGUUUCACCUUUUCUCGACUAUUCAAGCCGAUCUUGGCUGCAGUUAUGUGCGGAGGCAAGGACAAAGGCCCUGCAAUUUUUAGUCCUUUAAUCAAGAAGAAAGAGGAUUUGGCUUUCUUGAAGAACAAAGAAAGAAUUACUUCGUUGGAGAAGAUACGGGAAGGCGGUCUUGGAGAGGUUUAUAAGGCUGAAUUACCAGGAAGUAACGGCAAAAUGAUUUCUAUAAAGAAAAUUAUUCAACCACAUAUGUCCGCAGCAGAAUUGACGCGGCAAGAUAGCAAGACUCUGAACAAGAAAAUGCGUCAAAUCCGGUCUGAGAUUAAUAUUGUUGGUCAUAUCCGACACCCUAAUCUUCUUCCUCUGUUGGCUCAUGUUCCUAGACCUGACUGCCAUUACUUGGUGUAUGAAUUCAUGAAAAAUGGUAGCUUACAGGAUAGGUUUGGUAAUGUUAAACAGGGAACUCAAGAGUUGGAUUGGUUAGCAAGGGUUAAAAUUGCUCAAGGAGUGGCUUCUGGGCUUGAAUACCUUCACAUGAAUCAAAACCCUCGUAUAAUUCAUAGAGACCUUACGCCAGCAAAUAUACUUCUUGAUGAUGAUAUGGAAGCUCGGAUUGCAGAUUUUGGGCUUGCAAAGGCAAUGCCAGAUGCUCAUACACAUAUGACAUCUUCAAAUAUUGUAGGAACUGUGGGAUACAUAGCACCGGAAUACCAUCAAACACUCAAGUUCACAGACAAGUGUGAUAUUUACAGUUUCGGAGUGGUCCUUGCUGUUCUGGUCACAGGAAAGCUUCCAUCUGAUGAAUUUUUCCAAAACGGCAAUGAGAUAGGUUUUGUUAAGUGGUUAAGAAGUGUGACUAAUUCAGAGAAUCCUCGACAAGCAAUCGAUUCGAAGCUAAUAGGCAAUGGUUUUGAGGAGCAAAUGCUUUUGGUUCUAAAGGUUGCUUACUUUUGCACUUUGGAUAAUCCAAAAGAGCGACCCAACAGUAAGGAUGUAAGAUGCAUGUUGUCUCAGAUCAAGCACUAGGUCUGUAUGGAAAUGUUUUUAAGGUUGCAGGAUUUGUAACGCAUGUAAUAGAAGGUGUAAGUUCAUGCGUUUAGAUGGUCUGUCU